GUACCUACCUACCUAGGUUAGGUAUACAACGUCAUUCUUUACCUUUAGGUAGACUCUUACUUCACUAUUAACCACCAUUAGUUACUUCUACAUUGUCACAUUUGCGUACUUCAACGCGCCAUCACGUAUGUUGAAUUGUAAGGUCCAAGGUAAGCGCGACUUGGGUAUAAUAAUACUUAGCACUCGAAAAUUUAAACAUUUCCCUUAACCUAGGUACAUCUACAUAUCUCCCUGGCAGGUGCUUCCCAUCAUCUUAUGGCUUAGUCUUAAUAUCUCCUGGCCCUUGGUUCCCUUGGUCUCUUCUCUACCUCCGUCUUAUUUUCUCCUCCUUAUCUUGUCUUGUAUGCUAUGUUCCCAAAGACGCAGUCGCAAUAAGUUAUCUCUAUUAGACAAGUUAUCCCAACUAUCAAAUAUCAAACCCAUCGUUAACUUUCCAACCCCCUAAGCUCACCAUUGCAAAGUCUCUUACUUUCCAUCUUCCAUCUUCCAUCUCCCAUCUUCUAUCUUCCAAUCCAAUCCAAAUCCUCCAAGCUAUCCAAUUCGUGUAAUCUUCUAGCCAUCGCCCUUCGUAACCAAGAACUAUUUAUUAUCCACUCUGUAUUGCCCACAGCUCCUCCGCAAUGGCAGUCGACGACGUCUCCUCGAGCGCUAAGGCCAGGGCCAGCGAUUUGCUCGCCUACGGCCAACGUCAUGUCGACCGAGUCGUGAGCCCGCCUACACGACAGAAGGCCUACGACUGGAUUUACAACUUAUCAACCGAGAAGCCUAUUCUAUUUUCUUUUGUCGCCUUUCAAUUUGCCCUCUGCCUCGCUCCUCUGCUCCUCUUUGCAGGCUUUGCCGCGACAACUAUCGCUGUCUCUUUGAUCUCCGCCGUCCUGUUCUCGCUCUUUUGGAUCGGUGUUGCCACACUUUUUCUUGUGCCGACUCUCUGCCUCACCUUCACCAUCGCUCUAUUACUAUGGGCAUGGGCGGCCGCCACCUUCUUCGCUGGCCGUUGGGCCUACAAUAGGCUACCGUUCAGCGUUGAUGGACACGGCAGAAUAGUGGCACGCGACAGCUGCGAGAAAAGGAUCAUCUUCGAUCGGAAGAACGAUACUGGCGCCGACUUGGACAUCAAGGCCGAGGUGGUCGAGGUCAAGGAAUAGAUUGCCGGCGAGGUUAUAUGGAUGGCAAUGGAGGUUGGCUGGUUUAUGAUACACCAGGGCACCGUGGCACUGCUGAAACUCAGAUUUUGGGUCUAGAAUUGCAUGGGCCGACUACACCUU